AAGAAAAUUAUUUUCCGUGAUUGAGUUCAAAUAUCUAUUACAUUUUCACAAGUAUCACAGUUAAAAGAUUUUAAGUAUAAAAUAUGACAUUUUUCUAAUGUUUUUACAUACUUUUUAUAUUUGGCAACGUCACUUUUUUUUGUUAGAGCGUUUUCAAUAUUGGGAGGCAAGUCAGCGCAUGUUUUUUUUCCUUUAGUAGCAAAACGUUGCAGCAGUUGUUUGGGUGUCAUUUUAAAGAAUUGUACAGUAAAACUGGUGAAAUUAUUUUAUUUUAACAAUGGGCAAAAAAAAUGAUAUUUCCCCCAAAAAAUAUUCUGCUGUAAAAACUUUGUUGGGUGAAAAGGUUUACACACAAACUCAAAUAGCUUUAAAAGUUGGUGUAAGUCAGAAAACAGUAAGCAGAAUAAAAAAAUGUGUUGAUAAUCAAGAGCCAUAUGAGCACCACAGAAUAGGGAAUUGUGGUCGUAAAAGAAAAAUAACCCCAAGGACACAAAGAAAUCUGGUUAAAAUGGCACUUAAUAACAGAAGAGCCACAUCUAAGGUGUUGUGUCAACAACUUAAUGAAGCAGGAGUCGAUGUUUCUCCAGUUACUGUUCAGAGAAGGCUUUUUGAAAGUGGUUUGAAAAGUCGUCGUCCACGAAAAAAACAAAAGGUUACACCAGCGAUGGCUAAAAAGAGGCUAGAAUGGGCUAAAAUUCAUGAAAACAUGUCUAUCUAUGACUGGAGUAAGGUAAAAUGUAUGCAAAAAUUGUAUUCAAAGUCAUUUUGAGAGUUUUCACUUAACAUUUGAUAUCAAAAUUUAUUUUAAAUAUGAAGAUGAGUU